CCCAGCCUCGACACUAUAGAGUCUGACCGACAGACAGACAGGAAGAGAGACAGACAGACAGACAGGGAGGGAGCCCGGGCAAAAGUGAGGAAUGACUGAGUCUGAAGUGAGAGAGGGGCGAGUCGAGCAUGGACAGGAGACGGAGGCAAAAAAAGAAAUGAAAGUUCUGAAAUCUGGAUUAAUUCUGUUUUUUUUAAACGCAGACUUUUAACUCUCUAACUUUCAUUUUUCAGAAGCUUCUCGGCUGAAAACCUCACAGACAAAAACAGGAAUAUUUUUCUCUCUCCGCCUUUAAGUAGCGACCACAGACACUCGUCUUCUACCUCAGCCUCAGGAUUAUGGUGGUGCGUGAUCUGUCUGAGGAUCUCAAGGAGGAUCAAAAUGCUGAAAUGUAAAGUUCAAAGUUCUCUCUGCUGCCUGUGCUUCACCUCGCUGCUGCUGCUGCUGCUGGAUCUGAGCGCUGCAGCUCCAUCACAGGGUCGCUCCCUCACAUGUAACAUCUCCGUGUCCGACCCGGUGUCCGGUCUGGACUCCAUAUCGCUGACGGUUUUUACACCCGGACGGGACUGCUUGUUCACACUGACCUCUGCGGACGCCGGAGGAGACAGCGGUGAGUGUAGAAGAAGAGGAGGAGGAGGAGACGAGGAGAUAGAGACUAAUGAGAUCGGAGGAAGAGGGCGAGGAGAAGACGUGGAGGUGGAAGUGGAGACGGUGGAGACUGCAGCGAAUUAUCUGGGAACCAACCAGCUAGGAGUCGAGGACGAAGGGAUCAAGGAGGCAGGAGAGGUUUUCACCUGCGUGCUGGAGCACCUGGAGCCUGGAACCGCCUACCAGCUGCAGGUCCAAUCACGGAGCGGCGAGGAGGCGACGAACAUCACCCUGCACACCAAGCCGUCGGCGGUGAGCGGCCUGACGGUGACCUCCAGGACCUGCAGCAGCCUGGGCCUUUCCUGGCAGGCCGGCCCAGGCAGGACGGAGCGUUUCAGGCUGCAGCUGUGGAAUCAUGCAGAUCUGCUGAGGAACGAGACGUUAGAGAGCACGGCGACGCAACACACAGUCCUCGGCCUGUCGCCAGGGCGACUGUACAACGUUACCAUGGUGACGGAGGCCGGCGGGCUGCAGAACAUGGAGACGAUGGAGGCUCAGACAGUUCCCGCUGCCGCCUCCAACUUCACCGCCAACCACCGCAACAGCACCGCCGUGUUGUUGUCGUGGCAACGGCCCAAAGGUGACCUGGACGCGCUCGCUGUUGCCGUCUCGACCUCCAACGGCACGAGCCUCUGGGAGACGACACUUCCUCCGGACGCCACGGAGCUCGUCGUUGAUCAGCUUACUCCCGGCUCGGCCUAUCGGGUGGCGGUGACGUCCAAGAGCGGCAAGCUGACGAACCAAUCAGAAAUCAGCAUCAGGACAGCUCCGGCAGCGCCGACCCUCCUCUCCCUGACGCCCGCCUCCUCCGGCGGCCUUCUCCUGUCCUGGACGCCCCCCGCUGGUCUCUGGGACAACUACACGCUGCUCCUGUUGGACGGCUCGCAGCAGGUAGUCAGCGCCGCUCUGGACCGAGAGGCAGCAAACUACAGCUUCGCCGGGACGGAGCUGACGCCUGGGAGGCUGUUCAGAGCCGUGCUGAGGGUGGAGAGCGGAGGACUGACGGCUGAGAGCAGCUGUGACGGAGCGACAGCUCCGGCCGCCGUGUUGGACCUCCACAUACGACACUCCGACGAGACCUCGCUCAGCGCCAUGUGGAGCGACGCCCCUGGGUCACGUGACAGCUACUUCCUGACCAUUCGCCACGGUAACCACACGGAGGCUACCAGGGAGGUGGAGCCAAACAUGAGGGAGUGCACCUUUAACGUGCUCACACCUGGGAGGCGGUACACCAUCACCGUGACGACCAGGAGCAGGAAUCUGAACACCUCUGUGUCUCUGGAGGGGAGGACAGCUCCCCGGCUGCUGGACGUCAUCAGUCUGACAAACUCUGGACUCGGCAGCCUCCGAGCAUCGUGGUCAAAACCUUUCGGAGACGUGGACUCGUACACGCUGACCCUGCUGCAAGACAGCGUCGUGGUUCAGAACUACAGCGUUCCAGUUCAGUCUUCUUCUCUGCUGCUGACCGGUUUGACUCCCGGCGCCCUCUACAGGCUGCAGGCCGUCACCGUCAGCGGGGGGCUGCAGUCUAAACCCACGAGUCUAAAGGGACGCACCGCUCCGGCGGCGGUCACCGAGGUAACCGUUGCCAACAGCGGCAGGUCGGACGCUCUUCGGGUGUCGUGGCACCCGGCGGUGGGCGUGGUGGACAGUUACCAGGUCCGCCUCCAGGACAAGAGCCAAACCGUCCACACGCUCACCGUGUCCCGCUCCUCGCCACCAGAGUGCUCCUUCAGCUCGCUGGUCGCCGGGCGACUGUACUCCGUCGUCAUAGUGACGAGGAGCGACAGCCUGGAGAACGCCACAACGAUUCAAGCACGAACACAACCUGCGACGGUGGAAAACCCGUCAGCUGUUCACUCAGCGAGAGACGACUUCCUGAAGGUGUCCUGGCGUCACGCAGAUGGAGAUCUGGACCGCUACGUGGUUCUGAUCCGCUACAACCACAGAGUUCUGCAGAACAAGAGCAUCUCCGGCGGACACAACGAGUGCUCCUUCACGCAUCUGACGCCGGGGAGACUCUACACCGUCACCGUGGAAACCUGGAGCGGAGACUACGUCAGCAGCGUGUCCUUCGAAGGACGCACCUUUCCAGGCGCUGUCGGGAAUCUGUCGCUAGGCAAUGCAGGGACAGGUGAACUGAACGUCACCUGGAGCCCCGCCCCAGGAGAUGUGGAACACUAUGAGGUCACUCUGCUCUUCAAUGACACUCGGGUUUUCCCUCCGGUCUCUUUGACCAACGAGGUGCGACAUCACCGCCUGACCUCUCUGACCCCUGGGCGGCUUUAUAAGAUCGUGGUGUCGACGUUCAGCGGACCAAACCAGAGAGCGGAGCGCAUCGAAGGACGGACAGUUCCCAGUGCGGUCGGGAACCUUCGCCUGGAUCCUCGGCCGGGCCUGACAGACUCUGUCGGUGGGCUGUUGGCCUCCUGGACACCUGGAGACGGAGACCUGGACAUGUAUGUGGCCUCCCUGUCCACCAUGGAUGGUGCUGCCCUCGAUACUCGUCCUGUCCCUAAACAUGUCACCUCCCUGGAAUUCCUGGAUCUGGUCCCAGGUAACACCUACACCAUAACCGUCCAAUCACUGAGCGGGAAGCUGAUCAAUAAAAACACAGCCACCGGCCGGACCGCUCCGGCCAGAGUCACGGCGCUGCAGGCCGAUAACGACCACACCACUCACAGCCUCACGGUCAGCUGGGAGAGGCCGGUGGGCGUGUACGACGGCUACAGGCUGCAGUUAUUGGACGAGGCCGGCGUCCUUCAGGCCAAUCGGUCGGUUUCCGCGGAGAGUCGAAGCGAGCGUCUGGAGGGUCUGACAUCCGGGAAGUGGUACCGCGUGAGGGUGGUGACGCUCAGCGGCGGCGUCCUGUCGCCGGAGGCCACAGCGGAGGGACAAACACGUCCGGCUGCAGUCAGUAAUCUCACCGUCGCUUCGGUCAACACCUCCUCUGUCUCCUUCUCGUGGCGCCCGUCGGACGGCCACGUGGACAACUACGAGCUGUCGCUUUACAGCGUCGCCGAGGAAACGGCCAAUCAGAGAAGCCGGAAGGAGCAUCAUCAUCAUCAGACGGGCGAGCUGGUGGACCUGCAGAAGGUCGGUCCAGCUGCAGACAGGUGUGUGUUCUCCGGCCUGCGAGCAGGAAGUCUGUACAGACUGCAGGUGGUGAGCUGGAGCAGAGGCAUGAACAGCGACUCGUCUGUGCUCGUCAGAACCGUCCCGCCUUCAGUGUCGUCUCUUCAGGUUCAGAGUUCAGGACGGACGGACAGACUGACGGUCAGCUGGACGCACGGUGAAGGAAGCUGGAGCAGCUAUGAGGUGGUAUUGUACGAUCUUUCUGGACCCACUCUGGGAGCCCAGACUCUCGGAGCUCAGCACACGAGUCACAUGUUCUCCGGGCUGAUCCCUGGUAGGCUGUAUCGCUCUGAGGUCAUCACGCACAGCGGAGAGCUGACCAAUAACAUCUCGGCAUACGGACGCACCACUCCAGAGCCGCCCACCCACCUGUCCGUCAAACAAGGCCCGACCAAUGACACGAUAGAGCUGGCGUGGUCCGGUCCCGCCUCCGGGGACUACGACACGUUCAGCCUGCAGUGGACGCCUCCGGACCAGCUGUCCGUCACACAGACUGACCUGAGCAGCCGGGUCCUUGGUGGGAUGUUUCCAGGGCGACUGUACAACUUCACCGUGGCGACCAUCAGCGGGGGCGGAGCCAAGGUCGGGCCCACCGUCACGAGCCAGCCAAUCCAGAGGAGUGUCAGGACAAGUCCGUCUCCUCUGAAGUCCAUUCACUGCUUCCCACUCUCGUCCUCCUCCCUCUCCUGCUCCUGGUCGCCUCCUUCUUCCGACUUCGACUCCUAUGAGGUCGAGUGUCGUCGCCACGACAACGGGGAGCUUACCUCGGCCCUGCGGCUGGCUGAGGGCGUCACCGCGGUAACGCUGGAUCACUUGGAGGCGUACAGGAAGUACUCAGUGACGGUCAGAGUGUCGUCAGCCGGACAGACGAGUCCACCGGCGACACACACGACCGUCACCAUGAUAGACCGUCCUCCGGUCCCGCCGCCCAGCGUCCGGGUCAGUGAGAGGUCGUCCAAGCUCACGUCGUCCUCCAUCUUGUUCCGCUUCAACUGCUCGUGGUUCAGCGACGCCAACGGAGCCGUGAAAUAUUUCACCGUGAUCGUGGCCGAGUCCGACGCCAAUGAGAUGCUGCAGCCGGACCAGCGCCACCCUCUGCCCUCCUACCGCGACUACAUCAACAACUCGUCCGUCAGAGCGUAUCAGACCGCCUACUUCUCCAGCCGCUGCCUGCAGGACGGCGACGCCCCUGCUGGACAGGUGGUGGAGGUGAACCUCGGGGCCGGAGGAGACCGGCUGGGUGGAGCCUGUGACCGUUACCAUGACGACGACCUCUACCUGAGCGACAGCUACGGCGGCUUCUGUGACGGGCCGCUGAAAGCCAAAAGCUCCUACAGGCUGAGUGUGCGAGCGUUCACCAGACUGUUCGAUGAAAACCACAGAGAGGUUUCUCAGCCGCUCUUCACGGACACGUACCUGUCCUCACCGCUCAGGACGCACGCAGAGCCUCUGGGCGGCGUCGUCGAGGGUUUGAGUGCCGGCAUGUUCCUGAUCGGUAUGAUGGUGGCCGUCGUCUCUCUGCUGGUCUACAGACAGAGACUCCGCAAAGUAGCCGUCCAGGAGAACCCGGUGGUGAGGAUGAGCAUGUGGAAAGAAGUUCCAGCUUCAGGAUUAUAUAUGGGCGUCCGGAGCAAUCGCAGAGUCACCAGUCCCAUCAAAGCUUGUCACUUUGAGUCUCAUCUCACCAAACUUCAGGCCGACUCGAACUACCUGCUGUCCGAGGAGUUUGAGGAUCUGAAGGACGUGGGCCGCAACCAGACGAUGGACGUCGCCCGACUGCCGGAGAACCGAGGAAAGAACCGCUACAACAACAUCCUGCCAUAUGAUUCCACCAGAGUGAAGCUGUCGUACCUGGAGGACGACCCCUGCUCGGACUACGUCAACGCCAGCUACAUCCCUGGUAAUAACUACCGCAGGGAGUACAUCGCCACCCAGGGCCCGCUGCCCGGCACCAAGGACGAUUUCUGGCGUAUGGUGUGGGAGCAUGGUGUCUACAACGUCGUCAUGGUGACACAGUGCGUGGAGAAGGGGCGGGUGAAGUGUGAUCAGUACUGGCCUGCAGACAGAGAGCCGCUGUAUUACGGCGACCUCGUCAUCCAGAUGCUGUCCGAGUCCGUCCUCCCGGAGUGGACCAUCAGAGAGUUCAAGAUCAGCUCGGAGAGCAGCCGCAGUUACCCCCGCGUGCUGCGUCACUUCCACUACACCGUGUGGCCCGACCACGGCGUCCCAGAGAGCACCCAGUCCCUGAUCCAGUUCGUCAGGACGGUCCGGGACUACGUGGACCGAUCGCCCAGCACCGGAGCCACCGUCGUACACUGCAGUGCUGGUGUCGGUCGUACAGGGACGUUCAUCGCCUUGGAUCGGGUUCUGCAGCAGCUGGACUCUAAAGGAACCAUCGACCUGUACGGCGGCGUGUUCGACCUCCGCCUGCACCGCCAGCACAUGGUCCAGACUGAGUGUCAGUACGCCUUCCUGCAUCAGUGUGUGCGCGACGUCCUGAGGGCCAGGAAGCACCGCAGCGAGCAGGAGAACCCGCUCUACCCGAUCUACGAGAACUUCAACCCAGAGUACUGCCGCGAUUUCAUCUACACCGGACGCUAAACAGACGACGGCCUCCGACUGAAACGUUGCUCCGUUAGCUGAAACUACCUGAGGAGCUAACGGCAGCUACACAGUCUGAAUAUUGAUUUCUAAUGUGGCUAAAAAAAUAAUCGACCCUUCAUCGUUCAAACAGACUUUAAAUUAGUUUUAUUUUCCACCAGCUAAAUUCCGUCUUGGCUGCAGACGUGUCAUGUGACUUAACGAAGGAACACGGGUCGAUCUCAGGUCGUUAGCGCUCGCUGAUCACAGGGAAGGAAAGAGCCAUGUAAUGUUUCUGUAUAACGUUCUCCCUCACCGCUCAGUAUAAGCUGUUUAUUUAAAAAGUUACACACAUUGCUGUAUGUAAAUAUUGAUGUAAUACUCUUUUUUUUUAUACACGAUACGAUGAAUAUAUUAGUGUGUGAGACGUUUCCAGUUUAUGAAAUCAGAACCAGUCGUCUAGUAGCAGUUUGUUUUCUAAUAAAGACACGUUAAGUAACGAACAUGAUCAGUCUGAGGAGGAGCUCCCCGUUAAAUUUAUUGUUUCAGGGCUGGGAAAUGAUUCAAUAUUUGAGUUUUUCCUUCAGUGGAAACUUUGAAUUAUUCUAGUUUGCACUUACAGAUUAGUUACAUUCCCCCGAUGUUCUACGUAGCACCGUUUUAUGAUUUCACAGACGUUUGUCGUAUUGAUAUAUAUUCAUAUCAGAAAUAUACUGUAUUAAUAUUACAUCAUCCAGCCCUCCAGAGGAUGUAAAGCACUUUUUAUAACUUGCUGUCAGGUCACUGUAAACUGGAUUAUUAAAACUGCUUCAUCAUG